AUGUCUGCGCAAGGUGCUACAUUUAUGUACGUGUGUAUUGUUCUGCUUGUAAGUGGAACAUCACAAAAUACCAAGUCAAUAAGUGGUUCCGGUGAAUCUGUUACUUUUCGUGGUGCUGAUCAAUAUGACUUUUCCAUCGUUAUCUCAGGGGGUGAGCAGGAAUGUUUCUGGCAUUAUGCAGACAAGGCAGGCUAUUUUUACUUCAAUUACGAGGUUCAGUGGAUGAUGGGAUUACAGAAUAUCCGAGCUAUAACCGCCACAGUUAAUGCACCCACUGGGCAUUUGAUUGAUACAUCCAGAGGAGCAAGUGGCCAAAUUAAUUUCAAAACAAAUGAAUCAGGUUUUUAUCAAAUUUGUUUGAGCAACUUUUUGUCGCACGUUGGAUCAAAGCAGAUCUUUAUCAGUUUUGGAGUUUACUAUGAUGGUUUUGGUGAGAAAACAGAAGCAGAAAGUAAAGCAAAAGUUCAACUGAAUGAUACACUUUCUGCUAUUCGGGAUACUACCAUCAAAGUACAAAGCUACGUCUUCCACAUGUGGAGAUUCUAUAACUUUGCCAGGAUGCGCAAAGGAGCUGAUUACUUUAUUGUACUAGCAAGCAAUAAUUACGUGAAUCGGUGGUCAUUUGCCCAGAGUGUGGUCAUCGUUUCAUCUGGUGUUUUACAGCUUUACUUUCUGAAGCGUCUAUUUGCUGUGAGAGCCACCACUGCAAGUGAAAGAUCCAGAUGCUAG